AUGACCGGGCGACGCCGCGAAACAAGUCGUGCAGCUUCUCGCCGAGCCGAGUCCACCGAUCCCACCAGCGACGGCCCCGUUGCUAGGCAGACUCGGGGAAGCGCGCGACGUGCCGAGCCCUCUCUAGAGCCAGAGCCCAGGCAUCAGACCGAGAUAGCCCGCCGAGGAACCCGCCGAGGAACCCGCCGGGGACGACGCCGGAAGAGCCUCGAGAGCAUCGCCACUACUGAUUUCCCCAAGAGCUCCGGAGAAUAUGCCAACCCCGAGCCAGAAAGUGAAAGAACUCCUCUAGCCGCCGUGUCUGAGUCCGCAGAACCCAGAGACAGAGACACUGCGUCUCCUACGAUGGAGGAGCCGGACCAAGAUUCGCUCGAGGUCAAAGCCGCCUUGACUCAGGAUAUGGUCGACUUUGAUAUCCCUAAAUUCUCACGUUGGUGCGACAACACUUACCGCGCCCUGACCGCGGCAACCGAUCCUGAAGCCAGCCCCGAAGAGCAAAGGAAGCUUGCGCUGGCCAGGAGGGGCUUUAAUGUGGCUCGUCAGCCCUUCGCCGAUGACAGCGAACUUUUCAUCCGGUCCUUCCAGCUCCCAGGUGAUCAAGAUCCCGAAGUUGGAGCAAAAGUCCGCGUUGCGCUCCGUUCUGGAAACCUCGUUUCGCUUCUUGACUAUGUUCUUGACGUGGAACAGGGCAAGCAAGAUAUGCUGACCAUUCUGGAACAACUCGAUGACGGGUUCCCGGUCCUGUUUUCCGCUCAUUCGGACUGCAUCGAGGAUACUUUUGAUUUGGCCUACAAGAUUCGGUGCCGCCGUCUCGUCGAGAUGCUAGCUACAGACCACACAACUGAUUCACUUAUUCUUGCUACUCGCAUAUUCUGCGAGCAGCCAGCCAAAACGAAGAAGAAAGCACUCGAGGCACUGAGCCAGGGACCCUACAGACAGCUUGCCGCGAUUGACAUAGACGAGGACGUCGGCUCAAAUGAAACAUACCAAACACGGAUGGAGGAACUCAGCUCCUUAGUCCUAUCGGAUGAAAGUCCGGAAUCUAGGGGGUCGUUGGGUGAAGCAUACCCCGAGGAUUCCCUUCUCCGUGAUCUUACAUCGUGGGCUCGGGAAAUGUUCGAGCACCUCAAUAACCCGAGUCGGAAGGGCAUUACGGCUACCCAUUCGCCCAAGGAAAACCAACCCAACCCGGAGAGCGAGUCACUGUUUGUUCCCGACAACGACAAUGCACGAGAAUAUUCUGAAGUUGACUCGGCGUCCGACUCCGAGUCCGGGACAUAUGACAAGCUUCCGCCCCAGGAUUCAGGUGAAAUGUUCAUCGAUGACUUGGACACCUUGGCCGCUGCGAGGCAAAGUGAGCGUAGAGCUUCAGAGCGGCCGACGCCCAUAUCACCCUCAAGCCGACAGUCCGGUAAGGGGAAACAUAAACCAUCAGCUAACGUGGAGGCCAUCCGGCGCCUGGAUCCUUGGCAGAUAUUGAGUUCAUCUCAUCCACGUCGGCCAGAGAGUAGCUUUAAUAGUCAUGAGGACCCUCAAGGUUCAACUUCCAAUCCUCGAUCAACCUUGGUCUCGCGUGGGUCCGUUACGCGAAAGCGCUCGCAGCCAGGCGAAGACGAUGGCAAUGGCGAUGACUUCGAAUUCAACGAUCAGCCGGUUGAUAAACUUCGGAGAGCGCAGUACGGAAGCGGGACUGUUCGAAGGCCAUCCCCCAAGCGUUCCCGAUUUGCAUCAAGGCCUCCCUCUCGGCCUCUGGGCGAAGGCGACACGCCAUUCUCCCCGGCCAAGGCUGGGCCCCCAAGCAUUGCAGAUGAGCGGCUACUCGAGGAUCAUGCAUCUGUAAAUCGUACAAUACAGGACCAGGACCUGCUGAAGCUAUCACAAUCCGCCCGGCAGAACCGACAAGUGAACGGCAGUGGUAAGCCAACGCAGGUCCGUACACGCUGGUCUGCAUUCGAUACACAAUGCCUCCUUAAUCUCAUAGCCGAUCCGAACCUCAACUGCUCCUGGAGUGCAAUGGAAAAACAGGGCGGCUUUGAAAAGUACCGAGACCAGCAAGCUUUGCGGGACAAGGCGCGCAACCUCAAAGUCUUGUAUCUUCAAGGCGACAAGGUCUUGCCUGCAGGCUUUGACCGAGUCGUGCUGGGCACCAAGGAAAAAAACGCUGUGAAAAACUCUGGUCGCAAUCCAGAUAGGACCGAACAUGAUGAGGAUGCGCAUGGGGAAGUCAUCAACAAUAUUUGGAUCGGCAACUGA